AUGGCAGCUGCACCAGCACCACAACCGGAAAAUGAUAAAGCAGAAGAGCGAAUUGGAGUCAAUGCUAUUCUCCUUGGGCCGCCUGGAGCUGGUAAAGGGACUCAGGCUCUGAGAUUGGCUAGCCGUUAUUGCGUAUGUCAUCUCUCAACCGGCGAUAUGCUUCGAGCCGUUGUCGCAUCUGGCUCAGAGCUAGGAGGUAGAGUCAAGAAAAUUAUAGAUGAAGGCGGCCUUGUAAAUGAUUCCAUUGUGGUUGAGUUGAUUAAUGAAAACCUAGAUCAACCUAAGUGCAAGAAUGGUUUUCUGCUUGAUGGCUUUCCAAGAAAUACAAAGCAAGCAGAUAUGCUUGAUGAACUAUUAGAUAAAAGACAGCAAAAACUAGAUUCUGUAGUAGAAUUCAAAAUUGAAGAUUCUUUGCUUGUUCGUCGUAUUACCGGAAGGUUAUUACAUCCUCCUAGUGGUCGUGUUUAUCACGAGGAAUUUAACCCUCCUAAAGUUCCUUUGAAAGACGAUGUUACUGGUGAGCCGCUUAUUAAGCGUUCAGAUGACAAUGAAACAACUCUAAUGAAACGCUUGAACACUUAUCACACUGUAACAUUACCCCUUGUUGAUUAUUACAAACAAAGGGGAGUAUAUAGUUUUGUUAAUGCAGCGAUGAGUCCUGAUACCGUGUUUACCACAAUCCGAAACAUAUUUGAGCAUUCUAAAAGAUCUCAACGAACUGCAUCUUUGUAA